AUGUCCGGACAUUUGCUCGAGCAAGUUCCUGGAAAGUGGGCCGCGAUUGUUCGUCCAUUUCUUCAGCGUGCCGUUGAGUUUGAGAAACAACAACCCGUUGUUUCUUACUUUCUUCGCACGCAUGUUGCGUAUUUAUGCAUGAAGAAUCGUACCAAAGACAAAGAGGAUUUGAAGUUUCUGAAGCAGCUCCUUUCUGAUUUGGAGAAGGAUAAGCAGCGUCUCACGACAGAACUAGAAAAUGCGGAUGGACGAACUAUUCUAAGAAAGUACGCCCUCAUGCUUUUUACCAGGGCCGAUGACGAGGAGCGUUCCGGGAAUGCAAACCUUAACAUUGUGCGUCUAUUCUUCACCUCGGCCCUUCUUUUCGAGGCCACCACGCAGUUUACCGAUGACGGAGAGAUGGAUUCCAUCGCAAAAGAAAAGUCCAAAUACGCAAAAUACACCGCAGCUUGCAUGAAGAAGGCGUUAGAUAGCAAGGUGCCCUAUAUAAGUCGAAACGGAAUCGCAGAAGCACCCUCGUCGGAUCCUUCGUGUUCGCGCGACGGGAGACUGAGUAGCAGGGCGGAGGGGGGCGGCGACGGCGGCACCCCCCCGCCUGAGUACCCUGCCCCGGCGCCCUUUUCGGAACCUAGUACCCCUUUCUCUCCUCCUCCUGCGUAUGCUCCUCCUCCGUUUGCUUCUCCUUUUCCGCCGGCCCCCGGUGGGGGGAUUCAGGGCACCGUCAUGAAAAACAGCAACGGCGUUUCCGCACCUGUGGAGGGUGGGAGCUAUCGUGGAGAGGCGCGCGCCGUCGGCCAGGCGGGUGCUCCAUCCUUGGAUGCGAUUUUGGAUGCCCAAAAGUCGGUUUCACAAGCCGUUACCGCCCUUCAGUUUUACGACCACGCGAAUGCGAGAAAUUUUUUGUUGAAAGCCCUUGAAUUUUUGGAUCAGCAGUCAUGA